GGAAGUGGCCCGGAGGCGGCGCGCCAGGCCCGGGCAGUGCUUGCUCCUGCUCGGGGCGCUGCGGCCCCGGGCGUCGCCAUGACCAGCGAGCUGGACAUCUUCGUGGGGAACACAACCCUUAUCGACGAGGACGUGUAUCGCCUCUGGCUCGAUGGUUACUCGGUGACCGACGCGGUGGCCCUGCGGGUGCGCUCGGGAAUCCUGGAGCAGACGGGCGCCACGGCAGCGGUGUUGCAGAGCGACACCAUGGACCAUUACCGCACCUUCCACAUGCUCGAGCGGCUGUUGCACGCGCCGCCCAAGCUACUGCACCAGCUCAUCUUCCAGAUUCCGCCCUCCCGGCAGGCGCUACUCAUCGAGAGGUACUAUGCCUUUGAUGAGGCCUUUGUUCGGGAGGUGCUGGGCAAGAAGCUGUCCAAAGGCACCAAGAAAGACCUGGAUGACAUCAGCACCAAAACAGGCAUCACCCUCAAGAGCUGCCGGAGACAGUUUGACAACUUUAAGCGGGUCUUCAAGGUGGUAGAGGAAAUGCGGGGCUCCCUGGUGGACAAUAUUCAGCAACACUUCCUCCUCUCUGACCGGUUGGCCAGGGACUAUGCAGCCAUCGUCUUCUUUGCUAACAACCGCUUUGAGACAGGGAAGAAAAAACUGCAGUAUCUGAGCUUCGGUGACUUUGCCUUCUGCGCUGAGCUCAUGAUCCAAAACUGGACCCUUGGAGCCGUCGACUCGCAGAUGGAUGACAUGGACAUGGACUUAGACAAGGAAUUUCUCCAGGACUUGAAGGAGCUCAAGGUGCUAGUGGCUGACAAGGACCUUCUGGACCUGCACAAGAGCCUGGUGUGCACUGCUCUCCGGGGAAAGCUGGGUGUCUUCUCUGAGAUGGAAGCCAACUUCAAGAACCUGUCCCGGGGGCUGGUGAACGUGGCGGCCAAGCUGACCCACAAUAAAGAUGUCAGAGACCUGUUCGUGGACCUCGUGGAGAAGUUUGUGGAACCCUGCCGCUCCGACCACUGGCCACUCGGCGACGUGCGGUUCUUCCUGAAUCAGUAUUCAGCGUCUGUCCACUCCCUCGAUGGCUUCCGACACCAGGCCCUCUGGGACCGCUACAUGGGCACCCUCCGCGGCUGCCUCCUGCGCCUGUAUCAUGACUGAGGCCCCUCCCAACGCUCCGCCCACACUGACAAUAAAGUUGCUCUGAGUUUGGA